GAUGCCAAAUUCAGGCAGGAAGAAUAAGGAAUCGGGCGCCAAAAUGGUUCCGGAUAUUCUCAAGGAACUCAUCCAUGGCGCCCAUUCAGAUGAGAAAAUACAGUCGAAGAAGAAGCAUCAAAGAGGGAAGAUAACGAAGGAUGAUAUCCAGCAUGCAAUGCCAACCGGAAGGACGUCAUACACACUUCCGCCAAAUGUCAAACUGAGUGACAUCGAUGGUUAUGGUUAUGAAAACUUAGGUCGCGGUCAAGGGGCUCCGCGUAAGAUCAAUGAGGAGCCAAAUCCACGCACCUAUGAAAAGGGUUAUGACUCAUCUAACGUUAUUAGGCGGAGAAAGAUGAGUGAAGAUGUGACGUCAAAUAGAAAACAUGUCAUUAAUGCUUUUCAGAGAAGCGCAAAAACGAAAUCCCUGGAUUAUCACGACGACAUCUAUAGUGAGGUUCCUGAACUAGAAACGAGAAUUUUUGAAAAUGAGCCGGUUGACAGGUUUAGAGCUGUGUGUGAUUAUACUCGCCAAGAGCAUGGAGAAAUAAGCUUCCGAAAGGGCGACCUAGUUGAAGUUCACGAAAAGAAUGUAUCAGGUUGGUGGUUUGUGACGUCAUUGAAUUCAAUGGAGGAGGGAUGGGCCCCGGGCGUUUUCCUUGAGAGUACAACUAAACCUACUGUCGACCAAGAUCCAGUCUAUAACACCUUGGAAGAAAUAAAUGAAGAUAAAUCACUAGGUGAAUUCGUCACUAGAUGUCGCCAUCGUGCUUUUGACGCAGACGAACUUUCCUACGAAGAAGGUGAAAUUGUUCGUGUAUUGGAAGCAAACUUAAAUGGAUGGUGGAAAAUAAGAGCGGUCCACGGAGGAGAAACUGAGAUGCUAAAUAAAAAAGCUUACCACAGUUUCGUGGUUACACCUGUACUAAUUGAAUGGUGA